AUGGCGUCCUCCAAAGACCUCCCUCCCUCGACGAAAAGCUACAUGAAGCUCUUUUUCGAGUCUCAAUUCCGUACCAAACCUCAACAACUUCCAAGAGGGACCAACCUCUGUGACAGAGGUAUGUUCUCUGAAACCAACCUCAUAUCCUGCAGUCGAAGACAACUGCUUCGACUCCCGUAUAAAGACCAGCUUGCUGAUAUGGCUUCUGGGAGCACAUCAGUCGCAAUCGUCACAGGCUCUAAUGUCGGUCUUGGGUAUGAAGCUGCCCGCCAACUUCUCUCCUUCAACCUCUCCAGCCUAAUCCUUGCGGUGCGCUCUGUCCAGAACGGUGAACUGGCUGCCACCAAGCUCUCAAAACAGUACCCGAAAGCAAGCAUUAGGGUCUGGUCCCUGGAUAUGGCUUCAUACCAAUCCAUUGAAGCCUUUGCCAAACGGGCAGGGAGCGAUUUGGCGCGUUUGGAUUUGGUCAUUCUUAACGCUGGGGUGGGCAACGUCAAAUUCGAAGUCAACAAUAGCACUGGCCACGAGGAGAUGAUGCAGGUCAAUUACCUUUCGACAAUGUUCCUUGCCAUUCUCCUCCUACCGGUCUUGAAGCAAAGGGCUCCUCCCAAUGUACCGGGCCGUCUCUCGAUUGUCAGCUCAGGACUGGCCUUCCUCGCGAAGAUUCCGGAAAAGAACCAGGCAAUCUUGACGUCUCUUGACAAGCCUGACAAGUUCGAUCCAAUGACCAAUUACUCCGUAUCCAAGCUGCUAAGUCACAUGUUUAUAUACCAGCUUCAGGACUGGGUCUCCGCUGAAGACGUGGUCGUGAAUCUGGUGGACCCUGGUUAUGUCAAAGGGACCAAACUCCAGCGUCAAGUCACUGGCAUUGGAGGGGCAAUCCUGUGGCUGCUGGGAGCGGCGACCGCCAGAAGGGUAGAGCAUGGCGCAUCAACGUAUCUCGACGCCACGAUUUCAAAGGGCAAAGAGUCGCAUAGGUGUUACCUCGCAGACUGGCGAAUCCAGCCAUUCGCCCCGCUCUUGUAUACUCCACAUGGCAAACAGCUAAUCGAGCAGGUAUGGCGAGAGACAUUGGAUGAAUUUGACUUUGUCAAUGCCCGAGGCAUACUGAAUUCGAUAGCGUCCAAGGAGUGA